AUGAGAGCCCUCCUGCUCUUUGCUGCAGCAUUUGGGGUGUUGAUAUACACUUCCCAAGCUCAAUCAACGGCUUUGGACUCUCUCGAGCUAUUUGCGACUCCGCUGCCUGCACACUUCGGCGUUCUUGAAUCUGUCCAAGGGCUCGAACUUCGGCUGUACUUGACUGGAACGGAUUCAAAGGCAGUGCGGGUGACGCCGACCUGCUCUGGAGUGAGCUUUAACCCCAGCUCUGUGGUGUUUACUUCCAGUAUCUCGGUUGCAAGUGGCAUUAUCGCGACAGCACAAACCACCGGAAACUUGGAGAUUGACUAUGUGGCUACUCUAAUAGAAGGUGAUGGCUCGAGUAGCGCAGUUCUCUUUUCGCAGUCUGUCUCGGUACUCCCAGUUCCUACAGCUUAUGACGUCGAUGAUGAGCCUUGGGGUGGCGUCAUCCUCCAAAGCGACUCCUUCGACGAUACAACGGCAACUCCAGUGGCUUCCUCCUUCUGGAGCAACCACCAGCAUGGGUAUUCAAGCAGCGCGUGUGGUGGGUUCAAUGGAACUAAUUCCUUGUUCUUCACAUCGCUAGGUGAGCGAUUGGCGCUGACUGCUCCACUGGAGCUCGAAGGAUUUCACGGCAAGAUGCACUUCUACCACGUGUACGGAUUCGAGCAAGUUCAAGAGUAUGACUCAACUGGUGACAACCGUAUCGCCUGCGAGAUGACGGACGCUGAUGAAGAAGUCAGAUUCGGAUAUCUCCCUCAAGGCGCUGAUCUCAACAACAUCAGCACCUGGAACGAGAUACUCGAAAUUCCACUCCCGUCCAACGCUACCGCUCGAACAAGCGACUUUACAGCGUACUCGGUGAUCCUGCCGCAGCUUUCAAUGCACCAGAACGCGCAAUUCUUCUGGAUGCAGAAGAACCACUCGAGUUUUCCUAUUGAUGUUGCAACGGGACUCACACGAGAUGAAGUUAUCGCAGCAGAGAAUGAUCCAACUGGUGCCCACGGUGAGUUGGGGGUCAAGGAGCGGGAGCUCUGGAAGUACAGGAACCUGUUUGACCAGUGGGCGAUUGACGAUGUGAGCCUUGAGGUUCGUUUGAAUGUGCCGAUAUUCUCUCUCGUGCCUAGCGCGACUUUCAACAGUACAACUGGAGUGGGAAUCGGUGGCACGAACGUCCUGGUUGCUUCGCCCGUGCCUGGAAGUUGGGUCGCAGUGACGUCUGGGGAUGGCACGCAAGCUUUCCCUGACUGUACGUCUCCAGUCGUGGGAGACACCGCGAAUAAAGCUACUGUUGCGCUGAGCAAGAGCGGGUACGUGCACGCAGUGGCGUGUCUAUCAGUCAGCGAUCUGGUUAUCAGUAGUUAUCCCGUUCGCUCCCCUCGGUUCCUGGUUCAAGCAGUGCAGCCGAGUAUCUCUAGCUCCGUGGACAUCACGAAAAGCGUCGACACUUGGGAAAUUGAUCUCCAGUGCACCGACUGCGAGUUCAUCCGCUACAUCACCGUUCCUCUGGAUGGCGUAGACGGAGGGUCUUUGUUAAUUCCAAGCUGCACAUUUGGUUCAGCGAUAAAUGCCACAACUGGGAAAGUAUCUGUCACGUUCAAUGCGAAGAUUCGGGCGGUGGCGUGUGGAACGGAUUUACUACAGAGCAAUCUCGUGGAGUCGGAGGAUCUGAUAGUGCAUCCUCGCAAGCCGACAUUCACUUACGUCGUUCCGUCCACUACAAUCAGCGGAUUCAUGAAUCUCACGAUCGUUCCUCCUCCAAGUGCCAACGACCAGAAGCUAGGGAUUGCCUACUCGGUCCUGUCGGAGGGUAAAAAACUACCAACGUGUAGCAACGCGCUGACCUCGGGAGGAAUCGAGUUGGUUGUGAAAGUUUUCGACGUCGUUCGGGCCGUCGCGUGUUGCGUCGGCGUGGUCUGCGCCGAUAGCGUCGUUGCCACAUGGGGCCCUGUAGACGUCCAGGCUGUGACGCCGACGUAUAGCACGGCGUGUAGUACGAUCAAACCGCUGACUUUAGUGGUGAACCUUGCUGCGGUGACUAUUGGCGCUACUGUGCGCUACCAGAUCUUGUCUGCGGGAGACAAGAAGGCGUUAACUUGCACCUCUGGAGAUCUGUACCAGUCUCCGUUGGAAGUAGGCGCUGGAGCCGUGUUGGUAUCGGCUGUGAGCUGCUUAGAUGGUCUCAAAGACAGCGACUCAGCAGAUAUCACUGUCACGCUGGAUAAAUGUUGCGCAGGAAGAUCGGCUUACCAGUAUGACUCCUGCGCGCAUGUACUUCUCAUGCAAGACGACUUUACUAAAUGCCCGGGCAAUGGUGGGGCCGGCAACAUGCAGACCAAUACGAACUGGAAUGCUGUGACGAGUCAAUGGGGUGGCAGCAACGUCAAUGGAGGCGUGAGCUCGGACAACGUGCGCUGUGUGGGAGACGCUGCACUUGGUAAGAGUGUACUGGAGCUGACUGCUAAUGGAGAUCUAUACGCCGGAGUUGCGCCAAUUGGCAAGACUAUGGGGAGCGACGGCACAUUGACAGACCGCACUACGAGUGAUCGAUUCAUGGAAUGGGCUCUGGAUGGUAUCAGUCCACUACCUUGCAAUCCUCUGGAGUGGUGUCCUGCUCGACGUGUCGGAGCUGCGGUGACGUCGGUGCUGGAACAGAACGCAGGUGUGAUGGUCCUCCGAAUCAAGCCGUGUGCUGCGUUCGGUACGCUCACGCAGGUUUGGUGGGGCAGCUACGAAGCUGCCACUAGCAGCGCUCUACCGUUCCUGCCGCUAUGGAAGUCCGCUCUGUACCAAGCGAAGACGACUCCUAAUAUCGCCUUCACACUGACACCUCCAGAACCUACAGACGACGCAGCGUACACUGAGAUUGUCAUGCAAUGGGAUGCCAGUGCAGCACGCGCGAACCUCUACAAGGACGGCCAGCUAGUGUUGAAGCAAGUGGGUAUGGACGGUAAGACCGAUUCGACUAACUCGCUAUCAAUCGGCGUCUGGUUCCCCAAUGCUGCAGCGGGUGAGCCGUUCUUCCCGUCCUGCCAUACUUAUGUGGACGACGUGCAAGUGUUCGACCUACAGAUCACCGGAGGCAGGUGGUGCGACUUCGAAGACGUUGGGGCGGACACGAUAUCGUGCGUAAGUAACGACGACUGCGAGGAAUGGGUCCAGCUCAACUGCUUCAUGGACAUCUACGAAGCCGUCUGCACGUAUAGCCGCGCUACGGAUAUCGACGAUGGCAACACUUCCGCGUCGUCAAACUCCACGACGAAGUUCUGUCAGUUCCGCCUGCAACCGACAGCACAAACCAGCGUAUCAAACACUGCAAUGACCACACGAGAGCUGGAGAUGGAGUGGGUGGAGGUGGGAGAGCCUAAACAGGAAGCGGAAUAA